CUUCUCUCGCGUGUGUCUUACCUCACUCCUUCAGCGCAAAAAGGGUUUCUUUGGCUCUCUCUCUCUCUCUCUCUCUCUCUCUGCAACUUAAUCGAUCAUCCAUGGCCGACAUCACCGACUCCGGUUCCCGCCACCACCUCUCCGUCACCACUCCCGCCCAGAUCUCCAAAGCUGGACAAGGUUCUGAGAAUCCUAUUCCGCUUUCACCGCAAUGGCUUCUGCCAAAGGCGGGGGAGAGUAAGCCUGGAGCUUUUAAUGGGAUGCAGGAAAAACCUCUCAGCCCAAAUCCAUCAUUUGGCAAUCGCUCAGAUGCCUUGAAGUUGUCAGGAAAUGGUGAGGAUAUUCAUGAUACCCAGAAGAAAAAGGAUGUUUUUAGGCCAUCCUUGCUGGACAUGGAAACUGGUGGUCGUCAUGAACGCUGGCGGGAUGAAGAAAGGGACACCAAUUCUGCUGUGCGCAAGGAUCGGUGGAGGGAUGGGGACAAAGAGCUUAAUGACACUCGCAGGAUGGAUCGUCGGACAGAAAAUGCACCAGCAAAGCACUUUGGAGAGGCACGUCGUGCACCAUCAGAAAGGUGGACCGACUCAAGUAACAGGGAGUCCAAUUAUGAGCAACGGCGAGAGAGCAAAUGGAACUCCCGUUGGGGUCCUGAUAACAAGGAGGCAGAAGGUUUGCGUGACAAAUGGGCUGACUCAGGCCGAGAUGGCAGCAUGCAGGAUAAAGGCUUAUCUAAUGUUGGAAAUCACGGAAAGGAUGAGAAGGAUGGGGAUCACUAUCGGCCUUGGAGAUCAAACUCUUCCCAAAUCCGGGGAAGGGGGGAGCCUUCUCAUAACCAGACUCCGGCAGUCAACAAAUAUAUUCCUAGUAGGGGCCGUGGGGAAAAUACACCUCCAACCUUUUCUGUUGGCCGUGGAAGGGUUAGCCCUGGUGGAAGCUUUAUGAACAGUGUUUCUACAAUUUCUCAAUCUGUAGGAAUUUUGGACAAAGUUGAAAUUGAACAUGGAGAGCCUUACCCUUUUAGGUAUAGUAGGACAAAGCUGCUUGAUGUAUACAGGACGGCUGAUAUGAGAUCGUCUCGAAAAUUAGUUGAUGGGUUUAUAGAUGUGACUUCUCUUACUUUGGAGGAACCAUUGGAGCCUCUGGCUCUUUGUGCACCAAAUUCAGAGGAAAUGGCUCUUUUGAAGGGAAUUGACAAAGGAGAUAUAGUAAGUAGUGGUGCACCUCAAGUUUCCAAAGAUGGAAGGAACCCAGUAGAGUUUACACAAACAAGAAGAACAAAGCUUGGAAGUAGAGAAGACAUACCGCUGGCAAAUACCGAUUCUAAAGAUGAACACAUUGUUAGUUCAAAAGGUGGUUUUUCGAAUUAUUUAGAGAGCUCUCCUCAUGAACAGCAAUUACUUCAUCAUGGGUCGAGCCUAAAAGCCGAAGCAACGCUGGAUCAGAAGACAUACUCAGAGAACAGGUUCAGAGCUGAAGCUCUUAGGGACGAUGGAGGUCCUUUCAGAAAGGCCGAGGAGGCACCUAGUAGUAGGGAAUUGAGCAUGCCGGGAGGAGUGAAUGCUCAUUCUGGCACUCCAUGGAGGGCUCCAUCACAGGUAGAACGCUCAAAUACGGUCUUUCAUGAUUGGCAAGAGAUUCCCAGAGAUAUGAAGUCAGGGGCACCCCCUGCUAUGACGUGGUCACAGAGACAGAAGGAUCUAAAUAAUGACUGGGAAAGUAAUCUGGCCGAAUCUUACACCAGAAAUGACACAAAAUGGAAAACCAGUGAAGAUCCUAUUAUUAGAAGGCAGCUAUCUGGAGUUCUAGAUAGGGAACAGGAAGUAAGAAAACCUCAGCAGCCCUCACCGGAGGAACUCCAACUUUAUUAUAAAGAUCCUCAUGGUGUAAUUCAAGGCCCUUUUUCUGGGGAUGACAUUAUUGGCUGGUUUGAGGCCGGAUAUUUUGGCAUAGAUCUGCAAGUUCGUGUGGCAAAUGCACCAAAUGAUUCACCAUUUUCAUCACUUGGUGAUGUUAUGCCUCAUUUACGAGCUAAAGCUAGGCCACCUCCUGGAUUUAGUGCACCUAAAAAUGAAGUUAUGGAUACCUCAAGUAGGCCAAACUUUGGUAAUGUUGGGAAGAAUCAUUCUGGUUUAAGCGAGGCAGAUAUAGCAAGAAAUGAUCCAAGGCUUAAACAGAGUUCAAUAACAGAAGCUGAAAAUAGGUUUUUGGAGUCACUGAUGUCUGGGAAUAUGAGUGGUUCUACUCAUCAGAAGUUUCCUUUUUCCGAAGGUUUGCAAGGAUUUGUUGGAAAUAAUUCUCAUGGUAUGCCUCAUUCUGGAUUGGAAAACCUGUUGGCCAAGAGAAUGGCACUUGAUCGACAGCGGUCAAUACCUAAUCCGUAUCUUGAAAAUCCCCAUAACCAAAAUGCUGAGAUCAAAUCAGUCCUUCAAGGAUUAACUGAUAGGUCUGGCUUAAAUAAUAAUGCUGCUGGUUGGUCAAGUUUUUCUGGUCAAGGUGGGUCAGAUCCACUACAGAGUAAGAUAGAUAUGUAUCAUGAUCAAAGUUUUCCUACCCAAGCUCCUCUCGGAUUCCAACAACAGAGGUUGCAACCUCAAAAUCAACCAUCUUUUCCGAAUCUACUCGCUCAAGCUGUUGACAGUUCAUCUAGCAUUUCAACGCAAGAGAAAUUACUCUCUUCUGGCUUAUUGCAAGAUCCCCAACUGAUGAAUAUAUUGCAACAGCAGUACUUGUUGCAGUUACAUUCCCAGGCACCUGUUCCAGCACAGCAGAUGUCAUUAUUGGAUAAGUACAUGUUGAUUAAGCAGCAGCAACAGAAGCAGGAGGAGGAACUAUUACUUAGGCAACAACAGCAGCUCCUUUCCCAGGUUCUUGCGGAUCAUCAAUCCCGCCAAAAUUUUUCGGAGCCAUCUUUUGGACAGUUACAGGCUGCUGCGAUACCACAAGGGAAUGCAUCAAUAGAUCCGUCUCGGCUUCAGGCAUCACAAGAAAUGUUUCCAGUUGGUACAAAUGUGCCGGUUCCUAAUAUGCAAAAUGAGCUCACUACUAAGUUUAUGGGUCUACCUCCUCAAGGCACCCAAGAUAUUCGUCAUAAUGUAAGUGAUGGGGCCCCUUCUUUACCUCUACCACAAAAUAUUACUCAUCAGAGAAGUUGGGAUAAUACUCAUGAGGGACCGUUUAAUGAUGUCCAUCAAGAUUCAUUGCCAGUGUCAAAUAUUGCCGAGAGAUCACCCUUACUUGAGGGGACCCUUGUGCAGAAAUCCAUCCCAGAUUCUGACUUCAAUGCUGCCAAAACUGUGGAGCACACAUCAGAAAAGACUUCCAGAGAUGCGGCAACUGAGGUUGUUUCUGAGACAGUUGCAGAUUCUGCAUCUUUAAAGUCUUCUCGAAAUUUUAUUCCUAUGCCACCAGGAGCUUGUGAGGAAGAUAUGCCUGAGCAUGUCAAUGAUGGGAAAGCUCAAUUAGAUAGUCAGCUUGAAGAGCAGCUGGUUGAAAAGGAAAAAUGCAAUGAGCAGGCUCCUGCGGUGACUGAAGUAAAGAAUGCUGAAGUACGUGGGCAAAAAAAGACAUCGGAGAAAAAGUCCAAGAAGCAAAAAUCUUCCAAGGCACAGGCUACAAAUGACCAGGCAAAAGGAGUAUCAAAAUCUUCCUCUUCACAGCAAAUAGAGCAGUCUGAAACUGACCUCAAUUCAGGAAUUUCUCCUCAAAAGACAAGAGGUGACAGAGGCAGUAAAUCUGAAAUUGGUACUUCAGAGGCUGUGCAAUCCCAACAAGGUGGCGGGGAUGCUGAAUCUCUUCAAGUCAAGGUUGACUCUAAACCAGUUGAGCCUGUUGCAGUGCAGAAUACCCAAGUACAUGUUGGACAGAGAGGUUGGAAACCUGCUCCUGGUUUUAAGGCAAAAUCACUAUUAGAAAUUCAACAGGAAGAACAGAGGAAAGUGCAAACUGAAAUGGUAGUAUCUGAAGUCCCCAAUUCUGUCAAUUCGCAAAGUUUAUCAACUCCUUGGGCUGGCAUUGUGGCCAAUUCAGACGCAAAAAUAUUUAGAGAAAAUGAGAGAGAUGCAGAGACUAAAGAAUUAAAUGUUGGGAAACCUGGAACUUCAAAUCGUAAGAGCAAGAAGAGCCCAUUACAUGAUCUUUUGGCAGAGGAGGGUUUGUCCAAGGCUAGUGCAGUCAUUGAGGUUCCUAAUGGAAUUUUAAGUCAGCCGUCUCCACAAGUUAUUCCUCAUUCAGUACCUGUGGAUGAUGAUAACUUCAUUGAGGCUAAAGACACCAAAAGGAGUCGCAAAAAGUCGGCAAAAUCAAAGGGUUCUGCAACUAAGGUUUCAGGAGCAGUCACCCCAGUAGAAGUGCCUAUUAGUUCAAGCCCCACUGAGAAAGUCAAAGGCUCCCGUUCUGUACAACAGGAAAAGGAAGUACUACCCACAAUUCCAUCAGGGCCUUCGUUGGGAGAUUUUGUUCUUUGGAAGGGAGAAACAGCAAACGCUGCUCCUUCUCCAGCAUGGUCCACUGACUCUGGGAAGCUUAAUAAACGAACAUCUUUAAGAGAUAUCCAAAAGGAGCAAGGCAAGAGGGUUUCCUCUGCUCAGCACGUGAACCAGAUUACAACUCCUCAGAAAUCCCAGCCAACUCAAGCCACCCGCAAUGGUGCCCCUUCAUGGUCACUUUCAGGAUCAUCUCCAUCUAAGCCUGCUUCUCCAAUCCAGAUCAAUUCCCAUACUUCUCAGUCAAAUUAUAAAGGAGACGAUGACCUAUUCUGGGGCCCGAUUGACCAAUCAAAGCAAGAAACCAAACAGGCCGAUUUUCCUCAGUUGGCAAGCCAGGGUAGUAGGGGAAUGAAAAGUACUCCUGCGAAAGUAACUUCAGGUGGUUCAUUAAGCCGGCAGAAAUCCGCAAGUGGCAAAGGAACUGAGCGAUUACUUUCAUCUUCACUGGCCUCUGCUCAGUCCUCUCUGAAAGGAAAAAGAGAUGCCAUGACCAAGCAAUCAGAAGCAAUGGACUUCCGAGAUUGGUGCAAGAGUGAGUGCGCUAGGCUAAUUGGGACAAAAGAUACGAGUUUCCUUGAAUUUUGCUUGAAGCAAUCUAGAGCUGAGGCUGAGUUGCUUCUGAUAGAGAAUCUUGGGUCUUACGAUCCUGAACAUGAGUUCAUUGAAAAAUUUCUCAACUACAAGGAGUUGCUACCAGCGGAUGUCCUUGAAAUAGCUUUUCAAAGUCGGAAUGAUCAAAAGGCCGCCACUGGAUUCAGUGGUGCAGGUGUCAAUUCCUACGGUGCAGAUGUUGGGGAUGUUGAUCAAGAUGGUGGGUCCUCCAAAGGGGGUGGCAAGAAGAAGGGGAAGAAAGGGAAGAAGGUUAGCCCUGCCGUCUUGGGAUUUAACGUUGUUAGUAACCGGAUCAUGAUGGGUGAGAUCCAGUCAGUCGAAGACUAGGAAGUUUUAAGAGGCAGUUGUAAAUAGUUUUUGGCUUUGGACCUGUAAAUGCUAUUUACAUUUCCCAUUUAGAAUUUUGCGUUCCUUCUGUAAUGCCACAGCAGCAGUGCUAAUUUUUCUGCUCGAGCGAUUUUGUGUAAUCUUCCAGUGGUGAGAGACUAAGAGUACUGUUAUCAAUCCUACCGGAAGUUUAAUCUUCGAUCAGGCACCACACCGGUGCCCUUUGAUAA